AACCACAUCAUUUACUACACAGACAACCCCUGUUGGAUCAACAACCCAUUCAACAACAGCCAAACCUUCGAAGUCACAACGACUUCCAGUCCUUCAUGCAUAUACAAUGGAACAAGAUACCAGAUUUUUGAAUCAUUCCAAAGAGGCGAUUGUGAAACGUGUCAGUGUGAAAAAUCUCUUAAAGUAGUGUGUGUUGCUUCUUGUAAUAUUCCCGUUUGUCCUGAGGGCCAGGAACUAGUUGAUGAAAAUGCACAAUCGUGUUGUUACUGUCAAAAAAAAUGUCGUGAGGGAAUGCUUUAUAAAAGUUGUUCUUGCAAGAAAACCUGCCAGAAUACGUCAUGUGACAAGUCAUCGUGCGUUCCCGGAUGUCAAUGUCCUGAUGGAACGUUUGACAAUGGUAUAAGUUGUGUUGGUCUUGACCAAUGUCAUUGUGUGGUAAAUGGAAAAAUUAUGAAGCCUAAUGAAACAUGGACAGAGGGUGAAUGUUUGACAUGUAAAUGCAGCAAUGGAAAGCCAAAAUGUCAACGUCAUUGUAGGAUUACAAGUUGUCCAAAUGGUUAUGAACUUCGUACUCCAUUCAAUGAAUGUUGCAGAUGUGUACCAGUUACAAAAACACCCGUUACUACAAACGCACCACGACCCACAUAUCCACCUAAUCCGCCAUGCAACGUCGCUCAGAAGAAAGUGACUGUUCCAGACUCCAAUGGCUGUGUUGGAACGUUUUUAUACACAAGUUGCGUCGGUUUUUGUUCAUCGAAUGCCACGAUCGACUUGUUUUCCUAUCCUUAUGUUCAAACACAUUGUUUGUGUUGUCAGCCGUCUUCAAUUGCUAUUGAUCAAACAACUAUGAAGUGUGCAGAUAGAGUUUAUCAACACAAAUACAUGAUAAUAGAAUCAUGUCGAUGUACUGCCUGUGGCACCAAUCCCUUGAAGAAGGAAGAGCAAACCAUUUCUAAUAAUCUGAAACAUUUUGCUUGGAAACAAAAGUUCUCUAAGUUCGAAGAUUUUGUCAUUCACGCUAAUUAUGAACACUGAUUAUAGUCUGAGCGGUAACGUUAAUUAAAUACGACUUUAGGUUUAAAAUAAAUAGAUUAUAGAUGUUCUUUUUCA